AUGAAAAGAUUCCGAGUCAGCACUCCCCACAACACACUCGUAAUUAGCUCGCAUAUACAUGAUUUCCGGGCCGGGCUCGAGCCCGACCGGGAGCACGCCUGCCCCAACAGUGAUGUUCUGCAUUGUGCGGAGCAUCAGACGGAUCUGCCGGGUUGCCUUUCUCCGGACGGCAAACCCGAGUUUCCGGCCGUUGCAGAAGAGGGUCCAGACAGGGACGGAGUGAAGCGGCUCAGCUCGGACUCGGAUGACUCGGCCGAGUUGAACUCGAGGGCGAUUCUGACCAGCCCGCACUGCAUCUCCUGGAUGAGGGCCGACGUGGGGAUGGAGAGCUCGAGGAGGAGGGUCGGACGGGUCGAGAGGCGGUCCAGCUGGAUGCAGAACCAGACGUGGCCGCCGCGCCGGUGGCCGAAGAUGGUGCCGAUGCCCAUCGUACGGGAGGAGCGCGGGUGGGAGUACGCGGCGGCAGAGGCGGACGGGUGGGCGGCGGGCGAGGAGGAGGAUGAGGAUGAGGAGGAGGGGGAUGGGGGCUCCCGGCCGGCGGCGGGGAGGGGGCGGUCGGGUUCGGCGGCGCGCUUCUUCGCGGCGGCGGCGGAGGAGUCGAGGUCGUCGCGGAGGGAGGUGCUGAGGCGUUUCUUGGACGCGGCGGCGGAGGAGGAGGACGGCGGGGUAGGGGCGGUGCGGGUAUGGUGGAAGCAGGGGAAGAAAAAGCGGCGGAGGGCGUCAGUUUUCGUCAUGGCCGGAAAAAUCAAGAAAGGGUCUUUCUUGCGAGAGAAUCCUCACAACUCAUCACAACGUAGUUUUCGAAACUUUUCUCACGAGAACAAUCCAAGCAAGCAGCCGAUAAAACACGAAAAACACCAACAUAAUCCCGACAUUAAACCAUCUCGUGUCGUGUUCGAAUCCUCUGUUCCUCAACACGUCCCGCCCCGUCAGCACACAUUCCGUCCGAAUAUCGUCUCUUCUCGAAAAACACUCUUCCCUUUCGCUCCAAUAUUCGUUAAUAACCAGACAAUCCAAAGGGUACCGAUAAAUCGAAACAUAGUACAUGAAGAGCCAGUACUUUGGAAUCGCCUCGCGCGGUAUGAAAUAACCCGAGAAGAGAAAAAACGAGCCAAGAACCGUGCAGAUUAA